GUGUUUUGUGCUUGAAAGAAUCAACGCAGUCGACUGCGGGCCCGGGCGCGCAGCUAUUGGCAACAUAUAUAACAGGUAUCUCGACGUCACCACUUUCACUCCAACACUCUCCCAUACACCAUGGACGCCCUGCGAUUGCGCAAGAAAUUUCCCGAAGUCUCUCAAGAUGAGAUGUUUGACUUCAUCAGCCGCUUCAACGCGCUUCACACAGACACUCCGGGUCGCGUCGACAAGGCGAGCGUGCUGCAGGCGCUGCAAGCCAAUGGAGAGUCCUAUGACCGCGUGCGAGAGACGUUGAAGCAUGUUAGUGUGGAUGCGAGUGGGAAGGUCGAACUGGAGGACUGGGUGGAGCUGAAUGUGAAGCUGAAGACGGAGGCACCCGCGCUGGCGUCACACAAGGGUAAGGUCACCGUGCAAGGGUCCAAUGCGAACGUCAGCCAUACGAUCAAUGAAGAUGAGCGGGCCGAGUUCACAAAUCACAUCAACUCGGUCCUCGAGAACGACUCGGAUGUUGGUUCCCGUCUUCCUAUCCCCACAAAUACGAUGCAACUCUUCGAUGAGUGUCGUGAUGGCUUGAUCCUGUGCAAGCUCAUCAACGACUCUGUUCCCGAGACGAUCGACCCGCGUGUGCUCAACAAGCCCACCGCCCGCAAACCUUUGAAUGCGUUCCAGAUGACCGAGAACAACAACAUUGUUAUCACGUCUGCUAAAGCCAUCGGAUGCUCCGUAGUGAACAUCGGUCCGACGGACAUCGCGGAGGGCCGUGAGCAUCUUAUUCUCGGGCUGAUCUGGCAGGUCAUUCGCCGUGGUCUGCUUGCGCAAGUCGACAUCAAGAUCCACCCGGAGCUAUACCGCCUGUGCGAGGACGGCGAGACAAUCGAGGACCUGCUCCGGCUCACGCCCGACCAGAUUCUGUUGCGAUGGUUCAACUAUCAUCUAAAGCAGGCCGGAUGGAAGCGCAGAGUGAACAACUUCAGCCGGGAUGUUUCUGAUGCAGAGAACUACACGGUGCUACUGAACCAGCUCAAGCCGGAACAGUGUUCGCUUGCGCCAUUGCAGACGCGCGAUGUGCGACAGCGUGCAGAGCAGGUCCUGCAAAACGCGGAUGCCAUCGGGUGCAGAAAGUACCUGGCAGUAUCCUCUCUUGUGUCCGGGAAUCCACGUCUGAACCUUGCGUUCGUCGCUAACUUGUUCAACAACCACCCGGGCCUCGCGCCGCUGGACGAACAGGAGGCGAAGGACUACGGCGUGGUAGAGGACUUCGAUGCAGAGGGCGAGCGCGAGGCACGCGUCUUCACGCUCUGGCUCAAUUCGCUUGGCGUCGAGCCAGGCGUGUUCAACCUGUUCGAGAACCUCAAGGAUGGUUUGGUCAUUCUCCAGGCGUUCGACAAGAUCUCGCCUGGGAGCGUCGUCUGGCGGCGUGUGAGCAAGCCGAAAGCAGGGGCAGAGGCACCGACAAACUACGCGACUGCGGAGGGAGAAGAGGAGGAGGAUAUCGGUGUGACGCCGAACCAGUCCAAGCUUUCGCGCUUCAAGCAGGUGGAGAACUGCAACUAUUCCAUUGACCUCGCGAAGCAGAGCGGGAUGCACAUGGUAGGCAUCCAAGGCGCUGAUAUCACCGACGGCACGAAGACUCUUGUCCUUGGUCUGGUUUGGCAACUUAUGCGAAUGAGCAUCACAAAGACCCUCACAGCUAUUUCUGGCAAAGGUCGUCCGAUCAGCGAUACGGAGAUCUUGAAAUGGGCGAACACGACAGCACAGAAGGCGAAGCCGGGCGUCAAGCCAAUACGGUCGUUCAAGGACCCGUCGCUCACCACGGGACUCUUCUUCCUCGACCUGCUCGAGGCGCUGCGCCCCGGAAUUGUCGAUCCUACGUUGGUCAUUCAGGUCAGUGAUGCCGGACCGUAUGAGGACAGGAGACAGAACGCGAAACUGGCCAUUUCCAUUGCAAGAAAAAUGAACGCACUCAUCUUCCUUGUUCCUGAAGAUAUUGUUGACAUCCGCCCACGCCUGAUCAUGACCUUCGUCGGCAGUCUGAUGGCGAUUGGCAGCCAACAAUGAAGAUUCAAGACCUGACUUAUUUCCUGAUGUAUCCGGAGCCACGCUAUAUGAGUGUGCUCACAGCUUCUCGGACAGCUCGAAGAUGUAUCGAAAAUUCUGCGUUGUAAUAUUGUGUCGGGAAAGGAAGCCAAUGUUCUUAGUAUCCAGCGGACGUGUAGUACCGUAAAGCAAUAUGAAUUGAAGAUGAGUAUGCA